CUCUCUCUCUCUCUCUCUCUCUCUCUCUCCGUGUUUCUGUUCACGUACGUCGGCUCGUGUCUCGGUCAAAAGGUGCUCUUGACCCGCUGCUGCGACCUCAAUCUUAUGAUUGAGGUCAUGAUUUAGAUACUCGCGAGGCUGGAAAGCUCGGAAAUUCUGGGCACUUUCCAGACCCAUGAGCAGAUGUCUGGAUUUUCAUGACUCCUCGGGGCAAUUCGGGUCCGAACUUGGAGGCCUGAGCAAGGUCCAAUCAUGCAGUCCUCGGGUCUGAAUCCGGAUGGGACAGAAAUUGCCACACUAUUUGAGCCCGUGAGCCAGCCUUGACUCAGUGAUGGUUCUUCAUGGAGCAGGACGGAGCCCCACCUCGUCCGUCUGGGAUAUGUGAAUCAGCCAGCCUCUGACACGGUGCUGCUCUCCAUAAAGCCAGAUUAAAUUAUCCCGUUUUAAUGGGGGCGCACCAUCUCGUGCCUAUUCUCUCCCAUCCAUUCUCUUCACAUCUGCGUCGCUCUGCUUUUCCCCAGACAGAGUCCAGUCUGAGAUCUGUGACUCUGAGCUAGCUAGCGAGCGAGCGAGCGAGCCACCCAGCUCAUGUCUCACCCCCCUGGUCUCCAGGCCGAGCUGAGCAUCGAAGACUGGUUUGAUGACGUACUGAUUAGGGAGCAGUGCUUGAUCAUCGUGGCGUGCUGAUGGAGAGGCAGUUACAAACACAACGAUUUGGCCAAGGUUCUAACGCUAAAUCCAGAUUACAGGAUGGAUCCAAAGGUAUAAGAUGAGCAAAAGUGCAGGUGGGUGUUCUUUUCCUGAAACGUUUUGGGCGGAGAGAAUGUUAAGACGGACUGUGUACUUGGAUUCUGCUCCAAAGGUGGAGUACAUAUUUACAGUGGUCUGUUUUGCACGCCAGCCUGCUUUUUCCACGAAGCUGUGCAUGAUCUAUCUCGUAUGCCACACUCGUGUAACAGGCGUCUGCAAUUCCAGGAGGCCUGCAAAGGUGGCAAACGACCCCUGCCAAGAGUGCAUGAGCUUGGCUGGUGCGGCAUGUCGUCCAUAGUAUCCGUCGCCUUCCUAUUCCAUGCGUCCCCGUUCGCUCACUCGGGGCUGUGUGUCUGUCUGCCAUGGCUUUUUGUUGAAGUCCACCUUAGGUUUUCGACGACUAAUCGAGGUUUCUUGCUACGAUCACUUUAUCGCAGGCCUCCUAAUUCUGGGAUUUUUUAACAAAAUCCCAAAAUUAACCAAAAUUAAAUCUUGAGUCAGACAUAAAUUAAGACCUUCAUGAUUAUAACUUUGAAUUUGCCACAAGUAGGAUUAUGUCACGUUGCCUUUGCCCCAAGUAAGAAUAUGUCACGUUGCCUUUGCCCCAAGUAAGAAUACGAUACGUAUUAUUUGUCUUCGUACAGAAAUCACUCUCUCGUAGAAUUCCGAGACUCGCACGUGAGAAAGUGAAUUAGUGUCGAGUAAUAGCGUAUGUAUGGACUC